AUGUCAUCUCUACUACCUGGAAGCAACAAACUGGACCCAAACAGCGACAUUCCGGAUCUGUCGGGCAAGCAUUACAUUGUCACAGGAGGAAGUGCAGGAAUCGGCUUCGGCAUUGCCGCCCAUUUGCUUCAACACAAGGCAGAAAAUGUCACCAUCUUGUCGAACAAGGAGGAACAUGCCAACUCUGCGCUCGAGGAGUUGAAGGAGUAUGGAGACGCGUCGAAAGCCCAUUGGGUCAAAUGUGACCUAGAGGAUUUGAAGUUCACGGAUCGGGUUGCCGAUGAGCUGGCAAAGUCGCAGGACGGACUGGAUGGGCUCAUCCUCAAUGCUGGCCUCGGUGUUGGCGUGUACAACGAGACCAGGGACAAGCUCGAUUCACAUUUCCAAGUCAACCAUCUCUCACAAUUCAUUCUGCUAGCGAAGCUGCUUCCCCGGCUACAGCGCACCCCCGGAGCGAGGAUUGUCUUCGAAUCCUCGGAGUUGCACAGAGCCGCCCCCUCCGACACAAAAUUCAAGGACGAGGCCGAGAUCAAUACCGACAUUGGCCCGACUAAACUCUACAAUCGAACCAAGCUGGCUCAGAUCCUGAUUGCGCGAGCCCUCCAGCGAAGAAAGGAGGCCGGGGAAUUGGGCUUCAAACCGGACCAGAAGAUCUUUAUCAAUGCGGUGCAUCCAGGAGGUGUUGCCACGGAUCAGCCGCUCCAGGCCGAGGAAGCUUAUGGCAAGGUCGGCGUUAUUGGUCAUAAGCUCGUGAGGCCGUUUAUGAAAGAUCCGGUGUCAGAAGGAUGUCGCCCAGCAUUGUAUGCGGCCACAAGUCCGGAAAUCGAAGAGAAGGGGAUCAGUGGCCAGUACAUUGUCCCGGAUAAGAAAGUGACAAGCCCGAGUUCACAGGCACAGGAUGAUGAGCUCGGUGAGGCUUUGUGGAAGCUUAGCGAAGACCUUAUCAAGAGUAGGGUAGGCUGA